AUGGAAAGUCCGUCAGCAGAUAAGCGAGAGGGUAACAUUCCCUUUGAAGACCCAACAUUAAAUACGAGUAGUAAUAGUAAUAGUAGUCGUAUUAGUAGUGACAGCAGCACCAGUAGUAGUUACGGAGCUACAACAACAACUACAACAACAACCAAUUACAAUAGCAGCAGCAUUCAGAGUCAAAGUAACUUACUGCAACAACAAUAUAAUCCAAAUUUGAAUCAUUCUGUACAAUCAAAUAACUCUGACCAGUUUAAUAAAGGUUGGAUUUUAGAUUCGCCAGAGGGACAUACAAGUCCAACAAUGGAUAAAGAUACAAUUCCACUUCCCUCAGCGGACGUUGUGGGUGGUUCGUCGUCUAGCAUGGGUGGCAGUCAACAUGGUAGUUCGGGAACACUCGGCAGAAAUUCAUCGGUGUCGAUCUCCGGAGGCUCACCGCCAGGCGGUCGUCAGGGUAUGCCCAAGAAGUCGUCGUCACUGCGUCCAUCGAAGCCAAAGAAAUCGGCCAAGCCACUAAAGAAACACAAGAAGAAGAAGUACGUUGGAGAAGCUAGAAAUAUAUAUAUCAACGAUGCGGCUCGAAACGUCACCUCCAAGUUUACAGAUAACAAGAUUAAAACAACGAAAUACUCGAUUAUAUCAUUCAUUCCAAAGAAUCUCUACGAACAAUUCAGAAGAGCAGCAAACUUUUAUUUCCUCAUCAUCGCCAUCGUACAGGUCAUUCCAUUCGGUCUUUCACCAAUCAAUCCAUAUACAACUAUUGCACCCUUAAUCUUUGUACUUGCAGUUACAGCAGUUAAAGAAGGUGUAGAAGAUAUGAAACGUAGACAAUCAGAUAAUAAAAUUAAUAAUUUACCAGCAAAGGUAUUAAAAGGACAGGCAUUUGGAGAGGAAGCAUGGAGAAAAGUUUCGGUUGGAGAUAUAGUUAAAGUGAAUAAGGGUGAAAGAUUCCCAGCGGAUAUGGUUCUGUUGAAUUCAUCGGAGCAACAUGGUAUUUGUUAUAUUGAAACAUCGAAUCUCGACGGUGAGACCAAUCUGAAGCAGCGUCAAGCACUUCCACAAACCUAUGAAUUUCUCAGAAACGAAGAGGAUCUGUCAAUGUUUAAGGGUUUCGUAGAGUGUGAACAUCCAAACAAUGUUAUCUAUACAUUCCGUGGUUCAAUUGCACUUGGUAACAGUCCAACCGAUAUUAAAUACCCAUUGACCAACCAACAAACACUUCUCAGAGGUUGUGUACUUAGAAAUACCGAUUGGAUCUACGGUGUCGUUGUCUACUCUGGCGAGGAUACAAAGAUCAUGCAAAACUCUACAGAUGCACCAUCGAAGCGUUCCACACUCGAGAAACUAGUGAAUCGUGCUCUCAUCAACUUGUUCUCCAUUAUGUUUAUUGUUUGUGUCAUCUCGACGGUGGUCAGUGUCGUACAGACCAGUAACAACAAAGACACUUGGUAUUUAGCAUUCGAUUCUAGCUCUGUUCGUGACUCUGCAAAGAACUUCCUCUCGUUUAUGAUUACGUUUGCCGUUAUGAUUCCCAUUUCACUGUAUGUCUCGUUGGAGUUGGUAAAAGUAGCACAGGCAGUCUAUAUUUCAUGGGAUUUAGAUAUGUACCAUCCGGAAUCAGACACACCAGCUCGUUCACGUACCUCCAAUCUCAGUGAGGAACUCGGUCAGAUCGAGUACAUCUUCUCCGAUAAGACCGGUACUCUAACAAGAAAUCAGAUGGACUUUAUCAGAUGUUCAGUCGGUAAGAUGGUCUACGGUAGUGCUAUCGAUCCAUCAAAGGAUCGUGUCGAGUUCCAAAAGAUCAGUCAAUCCGCCAACGAAGGUAUUCCAGGUGCCGAUCCCAACUUUGGUUUCAGAGAUCGUCGUAUUCUAGAUCAUCUCGACGAAGCCAGUGAACAGUCAGAGAUUAUCAAUCAAUUCCUUACACUGUUGGCCGUCUGUCACACAGUUAUUGCCGAUCGUCCCAACAAGGAUGACUCUGUCAUCGAGUACGAAGCAUCAUCGCCCGACGAAGCUGCAUUGGUUACGGCCGCCAAGAACAUAGGUUACGCAUUCUACAGUCGUGAACCAACAGUUAUCACAAUCAACGCUCGUGGAAAGCUGGAACGUUUCGAAUUCCUAAAUAUCCUAGAGUUCAACAGUGAUCGUAAGCGUAUGUCAAUUAUUGUUCGUGAUCCACAAGGUCGUAUUAUCAUCUAUACAAAGGGUGCCGAUUCAACCGUUCUACCAUUGUUGAGAAAGGACCAAGAUGAACUUCAUGCAAUCACUUUGGAAUUCCUACAAGACUUUGCAGCGGAUGGUCUUCGUACACUCUGCCUGGCAUAUGCCGUUAUACCAGAAGAGGAAUACCAUGCUUGGAACGAACAAUACAAAGAGGCAGCGGUCUCAAUUCAAGAUCACGAUGAAAAGAUGGAUCGUGUUGCCGAGUUGAUAGAGAGAAAUCUAACACUUCUCGGUUCAACUGCUAUCGAAGACAAGCUUCAAGUUGGUGUUCCACAAGCCAUUGCCAGUCUUGCCAAAGCCAACAUCAAGAUUUGGGUACUCACCGGUGACAAACAAGAAACAGCGAUCAACAUUGGUUUCUCAUGUCAAUUACUAACAUCCGAUAUGAAGAUUAUCAUUCUCAAUGGUAAGACACAAGAGGAUGUACACGAGCAGAUUCGUGGUGCAAUGGAUGCCUACUUCUCUGAUAACAUUCAAGACUUCCCUCACAAUGGUUUCGCGCUGGUCGUCGAAGGUAGUUGUCUUAACUACGCGCUCGAAGGUGUUCUCAGAGAUCCGUUCCUCACUCUUGCCAGUAACUGUAAGGCAGUUAUUUGUUGUCGUACCACUCCACUCCAAAAGGCACAGGUUGUAAAGUUGGUUCGUGACACAUUGCGUGCAGUCACACUUGCCAUUGGUGACGGUGCCAACGACGUCAGUAUGAUCCAAGCUGCACACAUCGGUGUCGGUAUCUCUGGUAACGAAGGUAUGCAAGCUGUGAUGGCAUCGGAUUACUCGAUUGCGCAAUUCCGUUUCCUCUACAAACUGGUUGUCGUACAUGGUCGUUGGAACUACAAGCGUAACAGUCGUCUGAUGCUCUACUGUUUCUACAAGAACAUGGUGUUCGCCAUGACACAGUUCUGGUUUGGUAUAUUCAAUCUUUACUCGGUGCAAACUCUAUUCGAUUCACUGUCUAUCGCUGUUUUCAACGUUAUCUUUACUGGUCUUCCAAUUAUUAUAUAUGCAAUCUUUGAUCAGGAUGUCGGUGCCGCCAGCUCCAUGAAAUAUCCACAGCUCUACAAAUCCGGUCAGAAAGAUUCAGAGUUCAAUCUAAAGAUUCUCUGGAUGUGGUUAUGUGAGGCAUUGGUUCACUCUGUAGUUAUUUUCUUCUCGGUUUACGCUAUAUUUGCCAAGGGUGCUGUUCUAUUCUCAAAUGGUCAGACUCUGGACUUCUGGUGCAUGGGUCAAUUCGUUUUCAUUCUCGUCGUAAUCACUGUCAACUUGAAGCUGGCACUUGAAACCCGCUACUGGACAUGGCUCACACAUUUCUCUAUUUGGGGAAGUAUUCUUAUUUGGUUCCUGUGGCAAGCGAUUCUCGCAAGCAUCAGAGCUGCCGGUUCUCCAGCGUCUGGUGAAGUCUAUCAGAUCGCCUACCAUACAUUUGCAACUGCCGACUUUUGGUUGUGUCUCCUCUGCAUACCUGUUAUCUGUCUACUGUUGGACAGUUUGUACAAAAUCCUACAAAGAGAUAUCAGACCCUAUCCAUUCCAAAUCGUACAAGAGAUUGAGAAGUUCCGUGGCAAACCAGAUCCAAUGGUGUUUGUCGAGAAGGGUCUCGGUCCAAACCCACAAGGUGCAAUCGAAGAAUUCAAAGUUACCGAUCUCAGCUCUAGUGGUAAGAAGAAGAAAUCAAGAAUUCCUUUCUUCACAUGGAUCAAAUCGAAUAAAGUAUCAAAGAAGAAUACUGGAUAUGCAUUCUCUCAUCCUGGUGAGAACUUAGGAAGUGAUGGAAACGCUCAACACUUGUAG